AUGGAGAAAACAAACCACGAGCAACUAUUGAAUCAGCAGCACACAGAGAAACACUUCGCAUCAAAAGACGUAGUUAAAGAUGUAAUUAUGGGUGUUUCAGAUGGUCUUACUGUUCCGUUUGCACUUGCUGCUGGUCUUUCAGCCAGUACUAAAGUUUCUCCUUCCAUUGUUCUCGUUGCUGGUCUUGCGGAAGUUGCUGCGGGUUCUAUUUCUAUGGGUCUUGGUGGGUUUCUUGCAGCAAAAAGUGAAGAAGAUCAUUACAUGAGGGAGAUGAAAAGAGAGCAAGAAGAGAUCAUUAAUUGCCCUGAUAUGGAAGCUGCUGAGAUUGCAGAAAUUUUAGCAGAAUACGGGUUAGAGCCUCAUGAAUAUGCACCAGUGGUGAAUGCUCUUCACAGAAAACCUAAAGCAUGGUUGGAAUUUAUGAUGAAGUUCGAACUUGGAUUAGAGAAGCCUCGGCCAGGAAGAGCUUUAGAAAGCGCAUUCACUAUCGCAGCUGCUUACAUUAUUGGUGGACUGGUACCUCUCCUGCCUUACAUGUUUAUUCCAGGGGCAACGGAGGCUAUGAUAACUUCAAUCUUGGUUACGUUGAUGGCAUUGUUUUUCUUUGGCUACGUUAAAGGUCUUUUCACUGGAGAUCGACCUUUGAAAAGUGCUUUUGAGACUACACUUACCGGGGCUAUUGCCUGUGCUGCAUCUUAUGGAAUCGGUAGACUUGUACAACUAAUUAAAUAG